UUUUUCUAUGCACUCAUAAAUAUGUUUCAACUUGUCCCUCCAUGCUACUUUUAUUGUCGGUAUAAUUUGUAUAAUUUUUUUAUUAUUUGGAUGUUUAAUUUUUUGUUAUUUGGAAAGAUUGUAUUGAACAAUGUUAAAAAAUAGUGGUUUCUGAACCCUUAUUUUCACAUAUAUAGAAAGAGAAAGUUGAUGAUCAUACCGCCUAAUAAAAAGGGGAAAUAUCGAAAACGUAAUCCAAUCAGACUAGUUAUCCUCUCUCGAUUUACGGUCACAUCUCGAUAUAAAAUGCGAUUCACUUGUGACGUUAUCAAUGAUUUUAAUGGACUAAUUAGAACAAGGAAUUUUAUGAAUUGACCAAUCAAAGAAUGUUUCGAAGCGUUUGUAGCGUCAAAAGGAUUGCACCCAUCUACGGUACUGAAAGUCCCUAAUAAAAGAUUUUAUUGACACUAGAGAGAAACCUGAGAGUGGUCUUUUUCGUGCGACUGAAAUGGAGUGGUGGAUUAGAGAUCCUAUAAUAAUUAUAAAAUUAUUAUUAUUAUAGGAUCUCCUAUAUCGGUUGCACAAAAAAGGUCGCGGUGACGUGGUGGCCACUCUCAUAUUUCUUUUGCAGCGUCUCGGGCACAGUUAGCACAGUACAUAUAGGAAAAGAACAAUAGGCUCACUCCACUCACUCUGCUGAAAAUCGUGCUAAUGGUCAUUCCUUGCGCAUGACUUGUGCGCACGAUAUGCACAACCAACAAUAUGGCGACAAAGUAUAUUGUGUUCAUCGUCGCGUUUCUAAAAUUUUGUCGAUAAACAAUUGGAAAAUAUGGUACCUCUCGGCCCAUCGCCGGGACACCAAACGUCCGUGAACAAUUCCUCCAGCACGACCACCAGUGGGACGAAAAAUACGAUAGUGAAAUCUAACUAUACACUGAAGUAUACUUUGGCCGGUCAUACAAAGGCAGUAUCAUCUGUUAAAUUUAGUCCCAAUGGAGAAUGGUUGGCUAGUUCAGCUGCUGACAAGCUUAUAAAAAUUUGGGGUUCUUACGAUGGAAAAUUUGAAAAAACUAUAUCUGGUCAUAAGCUGGGUAUUUCUGAUGUAGCAUGGUCUAGCGAUAGCAGAUUAUUGGUUUCAGCUUCCGACGAUAAAACCUUGAAAAUAUGGGAAUUGAGUUCUGGUAAAUGUUUAAAAACGUUGAAGGGUCAUAGUAAUUACGUUUUCUGUUGUAACUUCAACCCACAGUCCAACCUCAUAGUUUCUGGUUCUUUCGACGAAAGUGUGCGCAUUUGGGACGUGAGAAGCGGAAAAUGCCUUAAAACCUUGCCAGCACAUUCAGAUCCUGUAAGUGCGGUGCACUUCAAUAGGGAUGGCUCUUUAAUCGUUUCGAGUAGUUACGAUGGAUUAUGCCGAAUUUGGGAUACUGCGUCAGGACAAUGUUUGAAAACUCUGAUAGACGACGACAAUCCUCCAGUAUCAUUUGUCAAAUUUUCACCAAAUGGCAAAUAUAUUCUAGCAGCGACACUGGAUAAUACAUUGAAACUAUGGGAUUACAGUAAAGGAAAAUGUCUCAAAACGUACAGCGGCCACAAAAAUGAGAAAUAUUGCAUCUUCGCAAAUUUCUCUGUAACAGGUGGCAAGUGGAUUGUGUCCGGUUCUGAAGAUCAUAUGGUGUACAUUUGGAAUCUACAGACAAAAGAGAUUGUGCAAAAGUUACAGGGACACACGGAUGUGGUACUUUGCACAACGUGUCACCCAACGGACAACAUUAUAGCUUCGGCGGCUCUCGAAAACGAUAAGACUAUCAAAUUGUGGAAAAGCGAUACAUAAAAACAAUUUGUAAAUUUGCUGUUGCUAUCUGUUGUACAAAUCUCCGUGUUUUUAUGUUAAAGAAUUAAGAUUACAUUGUAAAGCUAGACAAUAGAUUCUAGAUAUAAAGUAAAAUGCUAUUUUAUAUUCAGAAUAAUAUUUUAUUAUUCAUAAUGAUAUACAAGCUUUAGCUUAGAGUAAUUUAAUUUCGAUAUAUUAGAGUCUGCAUUUGCUGUUAUACAUUAGAAAUUGCUGACUUUGACUGAACAGUAUUAAUAAUUCAAAUCUCCCAUUGUGGUGGUUGUAUAGAAUUGUAUGUUUAAAAUGUUUAGUAAACAUAAUAUCUUAUUAUCAUUCACAUACACAUACACAUUAUACAUAUAUACUUUUUUCUUUGAAUUUAAUAUUAGCAAUUUAAACAGUUUAGAAUAUUUUCUUAGAAAAGCAAAAAUAACAAUUUGCAUAGUUAAUCUUUUUAUUAAUUUUUUUAAAGACAGUAAUACUGGCGUAGCAAAAUCUAAGUUUUAGAGGGAAUUAAAAAGUAUUUUUAUAUCUUUUUAUAGAAACGAGAUAAAAAUUUAUUUUAUAUUAAAAAUUAUAAAUUUCUGUAAUCCAGUACAAAUAACAAAUCUAAUAUUAAGUAUCUAAUUUACUUGAGAUAGAAGAACAAAUUAAAUAAUCAAAUGCUAAAACAAAUAUGUUUAAGUAUUUUUGAGAAAAAACAAGCAUAUCUUUAAAUAAAAGAAUUAUUAAUUACACAAGCUUUAUCGCGAGAGGCAAACUUUGAUAAAAAUUUAAAUUUAAAUUCACUUAAUAGGUAUUUUUUAUUCUUAAGGAACUUUUAAUUAACUUGAAGUCUUUGAGGGGUUCGAGUCUUCAUAGUUCAUCCCUGGCUACACUACUGCACAGCAGAGUAGUUAAUUACUGACAUUUUUGUGUAUUUCAGAGAUUAAUCACAAUUUUUUUGAAAUUUAAAAUUAAAUAACUUUGCAAAUAAAAUUUGAAAAAUCUGAAAUUAAUAUUUUUUUCUUUUUUUACAUAAAGUGUUCUUUUGGUGGUUUUACCCAAUUGUAAUAUAAUUUCUGUUAAAUAGACAUAUAAAAUCUAUAAUUCAACAUUUCAAAAUCUAAUAAACCUUGACUCAAAAAGGUAUAGAAAAUAUUUCACGAUUGCAUUCACACAUACACGCACGCACAGAGUUGUCAAAAAUAAAAAUAUAUAUUGAUUUUUAAUAUAAGAAUCAUAUAAAUGCGUUUUGCUAUUUUAAUAUUAUAACAGUUUUCUGCCAAAUCCUAACUUGUCAGAUAUCCUAUAUAGUUACGAAUAAUAAAAUACCUAUGUUUGUUAAAUUUUAUAAUAUACAUAACAUACUGUUUUCGCUACCAGUGCAUGAAAAAGGGUCCUUUUCUCACGUGUCAUUUCACACAAAAGGAUCAAUAUUUCGACGCACAGGUAACAAAAAAUAUUGUAUGCAACAUGUGCGGAUCAGCUAUUGCCCGUAAGUGCGAGAUAUGGACACACGAGCCGAAGGCGGUUUACCGCACUAGUUGCAUAAAUAUUAUAGUAUUGAAAAUAUUUUAUUUAUAUUAAUAGACAGAAUCAUAAACAUCAUUUUUCAUAUGUAUAUUCUACAUAUCUUUAUAAUUAUCUAUAAUUUUAAUUUAUAUAGAUAAUAGAAAAAUUGAAAUAGCCUGUUAUUUUAUCUGUAAAUAUAUAAAAUAAGUUCUAUUAAAA